AUGCGGUACGAUGCGCCCUGCUCAUCCCAGCUCGAUCUUCUCCUCCCACAGGCGAGUGCGCGAGAUGCGGUGAUGGCGCUGGAUGACUGGACGGCGCCGGGCCCCUGCAUAGCGCGCGUGCCGCUGUCUCUCUUUUUUGAGCCUGCGUUUGUCGCACAGUAUGUGCGGAGCGGCUCCUUGUACGCACUAGGCGCGACCAAGCUCGAUACGGAAGAUACAGUAUGCCUUGAUGGCCAAGGGAUGCUUGUGCUUUCUCUGUCUAAAGAUACCUACCAGACUCUCGGGCUCGUCGGGCGCCCCAGCCGCUAUGCCCACGGCGCCUCUGGGCGUGCGGGCGACCGGACAAGUGGCCCAAGCACUCGAUACAUUGUUGAGCUUCCCUUGCUUGCGCCAUCGUUUGUGCCUGGGAGAAAAGGAUACGAGCGCGCGCGCACAUGCAUCGAGGCAUGGGACGCGGCGCGCGGAAAAUGGGCCCUUUUUUUUGUGUGGACGCCGCCGCAGGAUUUGACGGCGGGGAGCCGGAAGAGCUGGGCGCCGAUUGUCUUCCCUUCUUCUGUGUGCGCUGCAGACGUACAUCCCGUGCAUACUAAGCUCGAUGCUGCCGACAUUGACGACGCGUGGAUCCCAUGCUGGAACGAAACAGUUGCGUGCACUGCGCCUCUUGAGAGCGACCAAGGCGCCGAUGCAUGCACGGGCCUGCUCGAGUGGGCUGGGCUUGCAGCGCUGCAUUCGCCGCGCCUGCGCACGUACGACCGCUGCGAUGCGACCAUUGCACAGUACACGCCGAUGGCACCGAGCAGCCCGGGGCGAUACUGGCAUCUUUCCGCGCGCGGCAUCUUUCCUCCGUCGCUCCUCCUAAAAGUACAGAUGGCCGUGCUUGCCACUCGCCCGGCGUGGGCAGUUAUGACAGCUACAGGAUUCACCGAUACACCCGUAGCAUGGCGCAGCAAGCACCCCGGAUUGGGCCUCGCGCUCGGCUCUGGCGCUUCGCUCGCUGCGCAGGACGCGCCUGUGACGAAAAAGGCGCGCCACAAAGGGCAUACGCGGCGUGGCGAGGCCGAGCAUGGGAUGCUGCGCACUGGAGAGAAUGGCUGGACGCUGCUGAUGCGCCGUGCCGCGCCCACGGCCUAUGCAUCCCUCCUUGUAGCCUCGGUAGAAUUGGACACGCACCUGUAG